AUGGCCCCUCCAACUUUACCUGUUCAUUCGCGUGAGCUGAUUGGAACUGAUGCCGUCUGGAAGGAGGAUUACUCACGGCCCUCGGAUGCCGAGCGCCUUCUAUCCACAAACUCGGCCUUAGCACUGAAUCGAGAUGGCGCAGAUGUAUCGCUUUGUCUGUUACCAUCACCUGGCAACUCUCAUCUUGCCGUGGCAGAAGCGGUUUCCUCUGCAAGGAUAAUCACCGUCACAAUCUUCCGGCUCUGUGAACAGUUUCCACAAGUCUGGACGUCAAAGACUAGCUUCGACGUUACUGCGUCACCCUCUGCCAGCUUCUAUGCCUCCGACAGGACCAAAGUCAGCGGUGCGAUCACGGAAGACGGCACCCAUGUCUUCAUCCUUUGCAAACCUCCAACCGGUGGGGUUCUGGCCUGGACAGUGACAUCAGAACAUGGAUGGGUCAGACGCAAGCCGCCAUCUAAUACAGACAGUUGGUAUUCACUCAAUGAUGGUGUGCAAUCUGAUGACGGGGAGCACAUGUUCUACAAAUCUCACAAAUAUGGUGGAUUUUCUCAGAAGAGACAAGUGGAGCAAAUUGCGGUAUACGACAUUCGAACAUUACAAGAGUCCAGUCGGUUUGCAGUACGCUUUGGCAACGCACGUUUCUCACGCGACUUACAUUUUCUUCGGCCCCUUAGCGCUGAUCGUGCUGUUCACUGUGCAAUAUCGACAGCAGGUUCCAGAGAGAAUCAGACGAGCCCCCCUUUGGUUUUCUCUUCUGAUGGUAAAGUACACUUUAAUUGUGAUGGGAUUGAGGGUGCCCUAAGACUUCGAGGCAUCGUGACUGUGUCACCCGAUGGUUGCCAUAUGGUGUUCGUGCAUUUUGAGGAUGGCCUGGUUUCGCACUGGGAUCUCACAGCUCCCACUCUGAAGCCGCUUGGUACAGCCCAACUACCAGGUGUUGAGGUAGCCACUCUCCGACAAUGGGUUAUUAAUGGUCAAUUGACAGACGUCCGAGAUAGCAUCCCAAAACAGGUCCACCACUGCAGAUUUUCGCCAUCUUCAAAGGUCGUUACCAUUAUUACUGCAACCGCUGGAUACGUUGUAGUGAACGUUUUCCUGACGCUUAACCUACAACUUAUAUACCACUAUCAAGCGGAGAAUGUACAUUGGCCAGGCUACGUAACACUCCAGAUAGGAUGCAGCAAUGAGACGGGCCUUACCGUUUUUGGUGCUUCACCCACGACUGAACACCCGGAUACCGGAGAAGUGUUGGGGGUACUAGGGGCGGUGAUUCCUCUUCCAACUAUUUAUGACAAGAUCAAACAGAUUGAAGACUAUUUCGAUACCACCACCAACAGCAUUUCAAAGGUCUUAAAGGGUCCUGGAUCCUCAGAGAAGACCCCAUUCGUCAAGUUUGCCUUCAUGCCCGAUCGUGGGUUUGUUCACGAAUCUGGGUUAUCCCCGCAAAUGUCAGCAGACGAUAGACUAAGGCAGGAUUUCCUCUACGAAUUUUCGUUCCGCAGUAGUAAUUCUACAGCUAAUAUGCCAUCGACUCCUGAACUACGAGAAAAGCAUGUGCCUCUUUUGGCGUCGCUCACUCCUUUCUCUUGGGACUCGACAAAGUCAGUCUCGCUAUUUGGCGUCGUUAUGAAGUACAAAUACUACAUUAUCGCUAUUGGGAAUUGGGUUCAACGCGAAGUUACAAGAUAUCGUUCUACACCUGGUAUAGUUCGUGUUUUGUAUGUUUCAGAAACUAUACUCUCAUCAGACACGGGAUCAGAGAAGAUUGCAGUAUAUAGAGAAGAGCCUCACUAUAUUCUCUCCGUGUUUUCCAGCAAGGAUACUUCCUUUGGUCGAUCCUUUUCUGGAGCACCACUACCGCUGCCACGACACACAGUCAUCACUCCACACUUCCUUGAAGAGGAUGCCUGGUAUGAUACCUUUAUAAUCAAGGAAGCGGAACAUGGAACUCUUCCCGGUGGCUGGAUGACAACUCCCAACCCACUACUAAUAGCUUCAACUUCAUUUGGGGCAUAUUUACCACCUGUUGUUGUUAGCGCAGGGGGAGAUGCGCUUGACUAUGGUCAUCGGAACCGUUCACACUAUGUUGUGGCCAAGCAUGCAAUGUGGCAUUCAUACGGCCUCCGAGGCCUUAGAAACGGGGACAACGCCAACGAAAUUUUCUUCGGUGGAGGACGAUAUAUGGAUGCUCUUGGAUCUUAUUUCAGUAUGAUAUAUGACGACAGAAGUUACAAUGGCAUGAGUCCACUGUUCCCAAGCACUUUUGCUGCAGCUUGCAAUAUGGACUGGCGGUCCCAGAGCACUAGACAUGUGGAUGCUUUCUUCCGGAGGCUACAUCAGUCAUCACAAGACAAACUAUUAUUCAAUGCACAGUCAGUAGCCUGUACUCUUCCCCUGGCCUGCCACGUCCGGCCCUUUGGAACCCUUUCAUUCAUGCGGCAUGUUGUACUUUUGCCUUUCCGCGUUGUGGAAAUUGGCCCAGUGGAUGUUAGUGCCAGCAAUACUCUAAUUCGAGAUGCUAAAUCGGGCUUGGAACACGUGCAGACCAGGAUCUUCCUAAACGACAUUCAGUGGUUUAUGCGGCGGCUUUUUGGUGGAUUUCUCUCUUCGUUAUCGCUCAUCUCUUCGACUAACGAAUAUCUCGAGGCAAACUCUAGCGUGGUAACCCUACCCCUGCCUGGGUUUUCUUCUUUUAACCACCGUCUCUUUAAACCACCUCCCGUAUCGAAUUCUGAUACUGACCCGUACUGGGAAUUUAUUCGAGCAACAUAUCCCGAUCCUAAUCUUGCAGCCUGGGAAUCGGCUAUAUUACGUUAUGUUGAACAGAGUGGAAAGGGUCCAACUAGUCCAUUCACCAGACUGGUGGAGGAGAUCCUUUACUUAAAGGACCGGGAGACACAAUUUUUAUUCUUGAGAGUUAUCUGGCUGGAUAAGCUGCUGAGAUGGAAGAUGCGAACCUUUGGACGCUCAGUGUAUCUGACUCGCGUUGCUGGUCCGAUGCUGAUACUCUUUACAGUCCACCUUGUCGUUAGCAUCCUAUUAACAGGCCGCAAUUCGCAUAUUGACAUUACUUUCCAUGAUGAAGUCGACGGCGAUUCUUAUUUCAGCGUGACAUCAAUUACGACACCCAUCAAGGCCUUGGCUAGCAUUGAAGCUAUUUUUGCAGCUUACAUCUUCCUAAUAAAAGCUCGACAGGCGUAUCGUGUUCCGCGGCUUUUCCGCCGCUCCAUAUUCAACUAUAUUGACCUGGCAGCUGUUAUCCUAGGCAUUACAACGUUCGGCCUUGUUGUCUCAAACCGGUCACCGCCUAGGGCGUUCCUGGCAUUCUCGACACUCCUCCUAUGGAUUGCAGCUCUUCUAAUGCUGAGGGUGUAUGAAGCAACAGGCACGUUACUGCUGCUGCUGACGGAGAUGCUGCAUGGUGUCUUACCCUUUUUGAUUCUACUUGCGUUAAUUGUCUUGGGUUUCACGUUUGUUCCCUUCUUGCUGCUUCGGAAUAUCGAUUCGACUGGGAUAGACCAGACACCGUUCUCGGACUUUGGCUUGUCUAUGUCGGAAAUAAUCAAGUUCAUGGCUUCUGACUAUGAUGCCUUGAAAGUGUGGGAAAGGUCAUCAGCGGCCGCUCGAACGUUGCGAUCUCUAUAUAUCAUUGUGGUCACCAUUCUUCUCCUGAACACACUUAUAGCACUGUUGAACCUGAAAGUAAAGAGCGCAGAUGAACGAUCCCGCCUGUUAUGGCUUCGUCAAAUGGCUUCUUUGCAAUGUGAGAUUGAGCUUGGUCUGCUUUGGCACCGGGAGAGACGUCGAAGAGAUUGGUUUCCAGAAUGGUUCACAUACACGAUGUCCGAGGGGGAGAAACGAGACUGGGCCGCACACGUCGAACAGAGCCCCCUUCGCUGGACGAAGGAGAAUGAUUUCGGCGAGGACAAGGAUCAUGGACCAGGGGCCCGUCAUGAACCACAGACGCAAGCUCCAGAUAAUGGGAAGUCAUCCGUUGCAGGCAAGCCUGACGUUGACGUUGACAUACAAGAAGAGGCAGGCUCUCAGGAACAACAAAAGGAAGCGUCGGGCGAAGAGUCUAGUCCUCCUAGCGAGCCACUGCUAUACAUCAAUGGGAAUCCAGCGAAACUGAUGGACACUACUACUACUACUAAGGAGAAACCAGAGGAUAAAAAUGUAAGUGAUGAAGGUGAAGCUUCUAAUCAAGCCGCAAGUCAACAGCAGCGGCAAGACACAGCAGGACCAAGUUCGUCCGAAUCAGACCCAAAGCCCAACCCUAAACCAGAGCCACAGACGGGUCCGGAGAAGAAAUGUGUCGUAUGCUCUGCCCCUGGAAAGCUAUGUCUGGGUUGUAAGAAGGUAGCGUAUUGUGGAACUGAACAUCAACGUCUUGACUGGGCGAACCACAAGGCGACCUGCAAGGGGAAGCAAAAGGCAUAG